GAGGACUCUAAACGCAUUCACUCAUACUGAUCAACCAACCCAUUCGCUUGGAUCAUUGCAAAACAAGUACCUUUAAUAAGUAGUUAUUCCAAUUUGGGAUCCCACACGUUGACAGAAAAGAUGAUGUUCCAUGUAGUGACAACAUUUAUUAUAUUAUUUACAGAUGCCAGUUUGUCAGCUGAUCUUCACUUGAGCCUAUCAUCAGCGGUCAACGAUAACAAUGAUCAAGGACUAAAAACCGUUGCCAUUAAAGGAAUUGCAAAGUAUAAACCAGGAGGCUCUGCAAUGAUCCUCAAUUUACUGAUCCAAGGACCACCAGGAAUUAUGCCUGGUUCAUCUGGGCCUGCAGGCUCAACAAGUACCUCUGGAACAAAUCCUAUUACACCAGCAGUUGGCAGUGCAGGACCAGGAUCUCAACCAACGAGUUCGCCAACCUCCGGGACAGGCACAUCUGGUACCUCGAAGCCUAGUUGUGGAGUAGGAAGCACAACAAGUGGUGGUACAGGCGGUGCCGGUGGUGGGGAUUUCAAACCAUUUGAAAGCGAAGCGUUGGAUGCGCAUAACAAGUUCCGUGCGGUCCAUGGCUCCCAACCAAUGAAGUUAAACAGACAAAUGUGUGAUGAAGCCGCCGAGUACGCCAAGACUAUUGCUCAACAGGGGCAACUGAGACAUUCAUCAAGAGAACAAAGAAAUAGUCAAGGAGAAAACCUUUCGAUGGGAUGCAGCACAAACAGCGGCCAGACAACUACAGAGGCAGUUAAUAACUGGUACAACGAGGUGUGUAGUCCUGGGUACGAAUUCAGCGUUGGACGGGGUCAGGGUGGAACAGGUCACUUUACGCAAGUGGUGUGGAAUGACAGUACAGAGCUGGGUAUUGGUAAGGCAGACAGCGUACAGGGGCGUAUGAAGUGUACGUACAUCGUUGGCCGGUAUAAACCCUUGGGGAACUUUUUCACAGGUAACAACGACUACAAGAAGAAUGUUAAACAAGGAAGCUUUAAUCGACAGGCCUAUUGCAGUUCAAUCAAAAGUUCGUCGGCUUUUAAGAAAACCUCUUCCUUUUUCAGUAAGGUUCUCAAAAGAAAGUAAUGGACAAUCUGUAAUUAAGUUCAGCCUAAAAGGCCUUUGUGCACACAAUUACAGACCCUUUUUCUUUCAGUCCUACAAGGAAGUGCAAACCAUAAAAGCAUAAAAGAAUAAAAAUAAUAAAUGUUUGAUUACUUCUUUAGCGAGAUGGGUCAUUCUGUGGUUUUGGGUGCACUAAAAACGAUUAAUUGUAAACGCAUUUGCGGUUUAUUUGAUCUUAAAUUCUAAAUGGACUUUGUACUGCAUCCUUGUUAUCAUGUUGAUCAAGUAAUAGGACAUCUCAGGCUGUAGUUAGUUUGAAUUACUUGUUCUCGAAUAAAGUUUAAGUUACAAUGUA